CUUGAAGGUGGUGCCGACUAGCUGCCGGUGGAAAGGGUUGUUGUUGUUUCUGUAAAGUACUUCAAAAGUACAAAAACUAGUCUUCUAAAAUGGGAACCCGAGAUGAUGAAUACGACUACUUGUUCAAAGUUGUACUAAUUGGAGACUCUGGAGUGGGGAAGAGUAACCUGCUCUCCCGUUUCACAAGAAAUGAGUUCAACCUGGAGAGCAAGAGCACCAUUGGGGUGGAGUUCGCCACCCGCAGCAUCCAGGUGGACGGCAAGACAAUAAAGGCUCAGAUUUGGGACACAGCUGGACAGGAACGCUACAGAGCGAUCACAUCAGCGUAUUACCGGGGCGCCGUUGGAGCUCUCCUAGUUUACGACAUCGCCAAGCACCUGACUUACGAGAACGUUGAGCGCUGGCUGAAGGAGCUGAGGGACCACGCUGACAACAACAUCGUCAUCAUGCUGGUGGGAAACAAGAGCGACCUCCGCCACCUCAGGGCAGUGCCCACUGAUGAGGCUCGGGCCUUCGCAGAAAAGAACACUCUGUCAUUUAUUGAAACUUCCGCCUUGGACUCCACUAAUGUAGAAGAGGCCUUUAAGAACAUUCUCACAGAAAUCUACCGAAUCGUAUCUCAGAAGCAGAUAUCGGACAGAUCUGGACAUGAUGAGUCUCCAGGCAACAAUGUAGUGGACAUAAGCCUCCCCCCGACCACGGACGGGCAGAGAGGCAGCAAACUCCCUUGCUGCCAAAGCCUGUGACGCUCAUGUUGUCUUUUCCUGUCAGUCUUUCCUCUCUUCACCUCUGGUUUACUUCAACUGUCAUGCUGCUGUCAUCAUGAUACCCUCAUGGGUUCAGAAGUCUCUGACACCAAGACUCUUGUAUUUGACAUUCCUUUUUGCUGGUUUCUUUUGUCUUUUCUUGGUUUGUUUGUCUGUGUCUAAUUUCAGAAGAGCCUGCGUCUGAAAAAAAUGACCAAAAAAGCAAAAAAAAAACAACUUUACAGCCUCUUAAUAACCUGGUGAGGGACGAAGCGUUUGCUAUUCUAAAGUUGAUCUUAAAGCUGUAGUAAACCAUUUCUUUUUAAUUAACUAGCCUUUGUGGUCCUAUUGACCCGCUCCUGUUGAAGGAAUGGUGAGGGAUCAGUAGGACCGUGUGUCAGUGCUUCAAGUGGUUUCUGCUUGCCUCCUUUUCUCAGCUUGCAUAGAUCCAGACUUGCAACAGUGGAAUCCCAAUUUCAUGUCUGGUUGACCUGAUUCUGCCUAUCAUGCAAUAUGAGUGUAGAAGAGGAGAUGAGGGGAAGGUACCACUGGAGUGUUGAUGUGUAUUUGGUCUGGAGUUUCUGUUUGCCUCUUUAAUUUUAAUUUUCCUCUUUGAGCCCUGUGCCUCCUGUGGCAUGAAAUUAGCAUGAGCCAGGGACCAGACUGGCUGUGACUGUCUGACUUAAUAUGGGCAAGUGUGAAACAAGCUGUUUUUAUUUGUGUGUGUGUGUGUGUGUUUGUUUUAAUCUUGGUUCACAGAGAUACCAAAGGAGACGGAUGCAAUCGUUAUCAGUUUUAGGUUUUCUCAUGUAAGCGUGUUCAAGGCUGCUAAGAUUGCAUUUCAUUGCUGUAUUUGGCAAACCAAUCCGGGAUAUUUGCAAAGAAUGUGUAAUGCUAUAAAGCAAAAGUAAUGUUAUAAAUUGUGCUGUGUGAUUUAUUAUUUGUGAAAUAAUGGUGUCGGUCUGGAUCAAGCCAGGUUUAGCAGACUGUCUCGAAAUGAAAAUCUGUCUUUGCACUUAUGUCCAAUAAUUUCAGCGGAACAAAUUGCCAUUUGUUUUAGAAAUACACUUAACAUCUUUAUCAAGUAAAAUUUUUGCGUUGGUUGUAAAGGAAACAAUGUUUGCUGAAAAUAAAAAAAAAUGCACUAUAUGCUUUUUUUGUCUUAAACAUUCAUCUCAUGUCCUCCAUCAACCUUUGCUGUCAUUUGACUGUGAUAUGUGUUUACACGCACCUUUUAUCCAUUUCCCUUUAAUCUGAAAUUCUCUGCGUUUAACACUUUCACUCACCCACAUUUACAGAUGUUGGUUCUGAAAGUGGAACUGAAAAUCAGAAAUGCAAAUUGCUUAUAUGGUUGGCUGAAACAUCCUCUUUUCACUCAUCUGGCGGUGAUGUUUUCAUGUGUGGUUGAUUUGAUGCGUCAUGUAUCUUGUGAUGC